AUGAUUGUGGCUAAUAACAGUGAAGCAAAUGAAAAACGGUACCAAUGUGAGGUAUGCGGUGUGCUAUUCGUACGUUCAACUACUCUGAUGCACCAUAAGAUGAUACAUGUCGAUGAAAAAAAUUACAAAUGUGAGAUAUGCAAUAAAACAUUCAAAUGGUCUGGCAAUCUGAAGAGACACAAAUUGACGCACGGAAACGUACGACCAUUCAAAUGUUACGUGUGCAAUAAAGCAUUCAAAAGUUUCGGCAAUCUGAAGAACCACAAGUUGUUGCGCGGAAACGUACGACCAUCCAAAUGUCACGUGAGUGAUGAAACAUUCAAAGAAUCUAUCAGUCUGAUUAGACACAAAUUGACGCACGGAAAUGAACGACCAUACAAAUGUCACGUGUGCAAUAGAACAUUCAACUACUCCAGCAAGGUGAAAAGACACAAAUUGGUGCACGGAAAUGAACGACCAUACAAAUGUCACGUGUGCAAUAAAGCAUUCAAAUACUCCAGUAGUCUGAAGAGGCACCAAUUGACGCAUGGAAGUGAACGAUCAUUCAAAUGUGAAAUAUGUGGUAGGAAUUUCAUUCAGAAAGGUGAUUUGAAUAGACACAUGAAAGUGCAUAAAAGUUCGGAUGAAAAGCUAUAUUCUACAGUAAGCUCCUUAAUGAUAUCGAUAGCAGAUGAUAUCAUUGACACAGAAAUAUCAAUAAGGGAAAUAAUUGCAUUCGCAAAACUUUAA